AUGGGUGAUAAGCAUCUUAUGGAUAAAGAAACAUAUAUUGAAUUGGAUAAUCCAGAGGAGGCUCUAGCAACGGUACAGAGGGAAAGUGCAUGGCCAGGGCGCCCGGUGUUGAGUGGCUGCAGCUCCCCAACCAGACCUGUAGACCGCCUUCUAACCACUUAUUUGACCCCUCUCCUUGAUCUUUUACCAGAAAGACUGCAGGACACGACCUCCUUUCUACAGAAAAUGAGAGAUGCAAAAAGAUACCCAGGAGCCAUCUUAUUUUCAUUUGAUAUUGUCUCUCUUUACCCCUCUAUCCCACAGGAGGAAGCAGCUUAUGUGGUAGCAAAUUUCUAUGAGCAGAACUUCUCUUAUGUGGAGGAGAGACUUUUUUCAGAUUUCAACAUGGCAGCACCCCCACCAUACCUCAUAAAGGAAGGUAUUGACCACGUUCUGGGAGGCACCCUGCUGAGGUUCAACAACAGGUUCUUCAGACAAGGAAAGGGAACAGCCAUAGGAGCCUCAGUAUCGGUGGCGGCACAGAAGAGGAACUCCAGGCUUACCAUGAAGGACUGA